AUGAGUGCUAAAGGUUCAAUCUCGAAAUCGGAGCACGGCCAUCUUGUAGCCAUUGAGGCUGGUUCAGGAAGCAUCACCCGCUACCAGGAUGGGAGAUCAACGAGGUUCACUUUCAAAAGACCCUUCAAGCAUGUGCCACAUGUUCAGCUUACUCAAGACCACGGCAACGAUCCUGAUACCCCGUUUCACCAAUCCUCGAUCUACCUCUUGGGCCAGAAGGCCCAAGCUGUUGACCUUACAGGAUUCAAUGUGGGAACCUUUGCCGAUGUUGGCAUAACGACUCAUUUCCGAUCUCGGAGGCCGCUAUCAAACCUAUCCGAGGCCACAGCCGUGACAGAAGAGAUAGCCUUGACCGACGAGGACAUAGUCGGACCCGAGGAGAAAGCCGAACCCGUGGAUGGGGCCACACCCGUGGAGAAAGAAGCCGCAGCCGAGACCGAAGAGAAACCUACGACGUCAGAGAGACUUACGGAAGCCACACCCGAAAAGAAAGCCCAAGACGAAGCCGCAGCCGAGAUCGUAGAGAAACCUACGACGUUAGAGAAAUCUACGACACCAGAGAGAGCCACGGCGGCAGACCCCGGAAAGAAAGCCCAAGACGAAGCCACAGCCGAGACCGCAGAGAAACGUACGAUGUCAGAGAAAUCCACGACACCAGAGAGAGUCACGGAGCCAGAACCCGGAAAGAAAGCCCAAGACGAAGCCACAGCCGAGACCGAAGAGAAACCUACGAUAUCAGAGAGACCUACGGCACCAGAGAAACCAACGGACGAAGCCUUAGCAAGGACCGAGAGGGAUGCACAAAAGACUGCAGAUGUCGAUGCGGAAGUCCAAGCCGAGACCGAAGAGGCUACAGAAAAUGAAGCCGGAGCUAAUGGUGAAGUAUAUAACCUUCAAAAGCAAAGUUUUCAUGAGGAGGUUUCCUGGCAGUGGGUAUGGGGCUUCUUCGGGAAAGGAAGAUGA